CGGCACUGUGAUGAAACCACUUGUCGUCUAACACUGUAUGGGCGUGCUACCAUGGUGUUGUGAUAGCUUUCGUCGUAAUAAGACGCCUCACACCCUCCCACACAGCACCACCCCGACCUUCGUUUCGUGUCCACUCCAACAACACCCCCCCCCCCCGGGUCUCAGGUUCGCCGUAGCCACGACAAAACCAUAGACGUCGCCGCCUCCACCGGACCGGAUCCCUCAGGUGCGUGCGUGCCCCACCGGCGAGGGGCGAGUCCAGCCUCCAGCGUGUAGUUGGUUUCGCGGCGCGAUUUAUUUGUUUGUUUCUGUUGGAGUCUUAAUGGGUGGUUUGCGAUUGCAUCAGGGAAGCUCACAUAUAUCUUUUAGUUAUACGUGCUGGCGUACGUGCAACCAGGUUAACUGCCUUAUGCUUUUCUUUUGGUUUUGCUUCUUGAUUAGGGGAAUCCUCCAAGGGAUUUAGCAAUCAAUUUGAUAGUGUAAACAUGGAAGGCAUCCCGCAAUUUCCUGCUAGGGCAAGCACAACUAACCCGGACUUGGAUGAGCAAAAACGUAAUCAGGCACUUCCAGAAGAACUUAAGGUUGCACCUUCCACGCCUGUAGAACUAGAUCUUAAACAGCAGCCAUUGCAGCAUCAACCAUAUAGGUUUGUUGGUCCUCUGAAGAAUAAUGUUGAGAUUACUCAUGCAGAAGCUCAUGAAGAACUGAAUCUUGAUAAGAGGAUGGGACCUUCUCCAGUUGCCCCCAUGCAAAUAAUGCACAAAGCAAAGAAAAAGUAUGUUGUUGGAAAAGUUUCUGGCCUGGAAGAGGUGAAGCUAAGGCAGCUGAAUGCCAUUCUUAACAAACUGACUCCACGAAACUUUGAGAAACUCUUUAAAAAAGUGAAGGAGGUUAACAUUGAUAAUGUGGUAACACUUUCAGGGUUCGUUUCACGGAUAUUUCACCGAGCUUUGAUGGAACCAACUUUCUGUGAAAUAUAUGCUAAUUUUUGUUCCCGCUUGGCUUCGAACUUGCCGGACUUUAGUGAGGACAAUGAAAGAAUUACAUUCAAGAGAUUACUUUUGAACAAAUGUCAAAAGGAGUUUGAGAGGGGUGAAAGGGAAGAAGCUGAAGCUGGCAAAACAGAGGAGGAAGGUGGGAUUGAUCAAACCAAAGAGGAGAGGGAGGAGAGGAGAAUCUGUGCUCGAAGGCGCAUGCUGGGAAACAUUACUUUUUUUGGAGAAUUGUACAAAAAGAGGAUGUUGACAGAACGCAUUAUGCAUGAAUGCAUUAAAAAGUUGAUAGGAGAUUUCCAUAAUCCUGAUGAAGAAAAUAUUGAAGCGCUAUGCAAAUUGAUGAGUACAAUUGGGGAGGUGAUAGAUCAUCCAAAGGCUAAGCAACACAUGGAUGCCUAUUUUGAGAUCAUGCAGAAGCUGUCAACAAGCCAGAAGUUGUCUUUUCGUGUUAGAUUUCUGUUGAGAGAUUCAAUGGAUCUCAGGACGAAUAAAUGGCAGCAGAAUGUAAAGUGAUCUCGUUUCCUGCAGAUAUCUGGGGAUUCUCAGCUCUUGUGUGAAGUUUAUUUCGCUAUGUCGGUGGUGCUUUGCCAUCCUACUUAUUUAUGUAGAGCGAGCAUGCAAAUUAUGUCCUUUUCAUCAGUUUUGCGAUGUAGCUUGUCUGCUGUUUGACUAUGAGCCUGUGA